GAAUAUUGUCGUGCGAUUAGUGCUUUUGACACUUCUUUCAAUUUCGGCUCCUUCGCCUCUGUUUUACUUAUAAAAAAAAUUUUCACGCUACUUUUCGUGCAGUUUACUUGUUGCUCGCCUUUGCCAUGUUUCGAUUUUGGGUUUUGAGUGCUCUCCUUAACGCUCUGGCCGCCGCCACCGUGCCGGACAUUUUCGGCGGUCGCAUUGUAGGCGGUGAGGAGACAUCCAUCGAAGCGCAUCCAUAUCAAGUUUCAUUGUGGCUUAUUGAAGAGCAACAACACUUUUGCGGUGGUAGUAUUAUCAGCGCGGAUUUUGUGCUCUCGGCGGCACAUUGUCUGCUCGGUAUUGAACCAAAUGAAAUACUUGUACGUUUAGGUUCUACGAAUUCCAAAAGUGGUGGCCUUUUGGCGGAAGUGACGGGUAUUAAAACGCACGCUGGUUUUAGUGCCCGAACUGCAGUAAAUGAUAUUGCUUUAUUGAGAUUGGCGCAACCCGUCAUGCAAACGGAUAGCAUACGCUAUAUUGAGUUAGCAGACACGGUGCCAGCGACUGGCACUCGCGCCGUUGUCUCUGGGUGGGGUAUUAGAUGUGCGCUGUGCUUAUUGCAACCAAGCACUUUACAAGCUGUGGAUGUAAAUAUUGUGCAGCGGGAGGAUUGUGCCUCCGACACUUACAAAUAUGGCGAUCAAAUCAUGGAGUCAAUGGUUUGUGCUUAUGCGCUGAAGAAGGACGCUUGCGAUGGCGACUCGGGUGGACCAUUAGUGGCUGAAAGCAAACUCGUUGGUAUUGUUUCAUGGUCUAAGGGCUGUGCCAAAAAGGAUUAUCCCGGAGUUUAUGCAAGUGUACCAGAACUACGUGAAUGGAUAACUAGCGCAAUAGAAGAGCUUUCCAAGAAUAAUGAGGACGAGGAGUCGUUUGCAUUUUUGUAAAGUCAUCAUUUGUUAAU